AUGGCGGACCUCAAGCAAUCGACACCCGCAGAGAGCACCCCGGCCGAGGACAUCGACAUGGGCGAGGGCGUGGCCGCGGAAGGAACUCACGAGGCAGAGCUCACGGAACUCGAGCCAGAAUCUCAGAAGCUUGUCCUUUUCGCAGAUCUCGUCAAGAGUCCCAUCGUCGAAGUGCUCGUUGGGACAGGCGACGACCGCCAGACGUACUCCGCGCACGAAGCCGUGCUCGUCAAGGCACCCGAAUUCGCAAAGCAGCUCUCCGAACUGGCGUCCGGCUCAACCCCCCGACAAAUCGUCUACCCGGACGCCGACGUCGACGCCAUGGGCUCCGUAAUCGAGUACCUCUAUACGGGCGAAUACUUCCCCAAAAAGACCUCCACCUCGCGGGACGCGCCCCUCGAAACCGACCCGCGGCAACCCCUCCCCGACAACGAAGGCCUCGGGCUCCUCGUGCACGCGCGCAUCUACACGCUCGCGGGCCGCCUGCAACUGCCCGACCUGAAAUCCCUCGCACACUCGAAGAUCCACCGCACGGCGUCGACGGCAAAGGGCGAGCUCGCGUACGCGCGCUUCGUGUACAAAGAGUCGAGCCCCGAGGACGCGGUCAUCAGGAAACCCGUCGCGGCGUUCUGGGCGACAAGGAGCUAUGCGUUGCGGCAUGACGCGGAGCCCGAGUUCAAGGCGAUGUGUCUGGAGUUCCCGCAGUUCUCGUACGAUGUGCUGCAGUUGGUGCUGGAUCAGCAGGAGAAGAAGAGAGGGGGUGGGGGGAGUUCGAGUAGGGAGGUUGUGGCGACGGGGGAGAGUAGUGAGACGCCGUCGAAGGCGCCGCAGGUGGUGCCGAGUAGUACGAGGAAGAGGGCGAGGGCGAGCCAUAUCUAG